AUGAGUGGUUCUGUGAAUGGUGUACGAUGUAGCAAUGUGAGGGAGGCAGCAGAUGAGGAGAUAUUCACCUUGAUAUUACAGAUGUUGUCUAGAGCGCUGCAGGAGAUUCCAACGCAGAUUGUUCCAUCUGUGGACCAUUGGUUUGACUUGACCGCUGAAUGCUUCCGGUGCUUGAGAAAUGCCUGCGUACAAUGCCCUCCGAAUCAGAAUACCAUCAGAAACAUGGGGCUGAUUGAGAAAGCCACGACUCUCAUCACAUUCUUCAGUACAUCAGACUACUCGCAAGAAUCCUGUUUAGUCGCCUUCCGCUGCGGCCUACAGUUCCUUGGCAAUGUUGCAGGAGGGAACAAGGAUUCCCAAAAUAGCAUCUGGAAGCAUGCUUUUCCACAUCUCUUCCUAAAUUGCCUGACCCAUGAAGACGACAAAGUCUCUGCUUAUGCUUCCAUGGUUUUGUACACUUGUAUGGAUGAAGACAAAAUGGCUGACUUGUUAGAACCUGGCAACCUUAACAUUUCCCUGGGGGUAAUAACUGCCUACAGCAAGCGGUCAGAUGCGGAGUGGCUGAUACGGCUCACACGUUUCGACCCAAAGUUUGGCCUUAUUCAUAGCAAGCCAUGA